CAGUGCGCAGAAUCAUCACACUCCGCUGUCAGCGCAAGACAUACUGACGGUAUGGCGGCAGGAUACAGCAGGAAGGAUGCUAGUGUCGCCCGUGAUGUGUCUUUCGCCAAUAGAAUGUGAAUGGAAUAUCGACGGUAAAGGGAAAGGAUACCGCAAUAAAGGCCUGUCUCCGUGAACUCCGACAUGGCCAGGCUCGCCGACUACUUCGUGGUGGUCGGUUACGACCUCGAUAAGAGAGGGGGCAGUGAGGGCCAAGGUCACAUUCUCCAGCGCUUUCCUGAGAAAGACUGGGAGGACAAUCCCUUUCCACAAGGCAUCGAACUGUUCUGUCAGCCCAACGGAUGGCAGUUAGUUCCAGAGAGGGAACGUCCGUCGUUCUUCGUGUCGGUUCUGACCGACAUCAACUCAGAGCGUCACUACUGUGCCUGUUUCACGUUCUGGGAGGGCCUGGACAACCCUCAGCUACCGAAAGCUGAGGCCAGUGAGGUGGAUGAGGACGAAGUCCCAGGGCUGGUCCAGCCGGCCCAGGUCUUUGCCCCCAAGAGCCUGGUGCUGGUGUCCCGUCUGGACCACACAGAGGUCUUCAGGAACUGUUUGGGACUCAUCUACGCCGUGCACGUGGAUAGCCUCAGCGUUCCCUUGGAAACGGUCAUCGGAAACCUCCUCACCUGCGUCAUCCCCGUCGCUGGUGGUUCUCAGAUAAAUGAGUCCCCAGUAUGUAGUUUAAAUCUUUCGGUUCCUCAGGCCUUAGCCUGUGACUGGCUACUGGGCUGCUUUCAGGACCAGCCGUGCCGGGAGGAGAGAGAAGAGCGCUUGAGGACUAUAACAUUGGGUGCGGGCGAUCGACAGGUCAUCCAGACUCCCAUCAACGACUCCCUCCCUGUCAGCGGCAGCAGCGUAGCCCAUCUCUUUAGACAGCUUGGUAUAGUGAACGUCCUGUAUCUGUUCUGUGCUGCUCUGACGGAACACAAAAUCCUGUUCCUGUCCAGCAGCUACCAGAGACUAACAGACGCCUGCAGAGCACUACUGGCCAUCAUGUUCCCCCUCAAAUACAGUUUUACUUACGUCCCCAUCCUGCCGGGCAAACUCCUGGAGGUGCUGAGCACGCCCACGCCUUUCAUCAUCGGGGUCAAUUCUUUCUUCCGUUCCGAGACCCAGGAACUGGUGGGUAGCAUGACCUUGGAUGUGAUCAUCGCUGACCUGGACGGAGGCACGGUGACCAUCCCGGAGUGUGUCCACAUCUCUCUGCUCCCCGACCCCCUCUUGCAGCAGACCCAGACUGCCCUCUCCAUGGUGUUGGACCCAGAGCUGGAGAUGGCUGACCAUGCCUUCCCCCCUUCCUCCACACAACCCUCCACACUCAAGAUCCAGGAUAAGGAGAUCCGGGCGGUGUUUCUGUGGCUGUUCGGCCAGCUGUUCCAUGGCUAUCGCUGGUGUUUGCACAUCAUCCGGAUCCACCCUGAACCAGUCAUCCGCUUCCAUAAGGCUGCAUUCCUGGGCCAGAGGGCUCUGACUGAGGAUGACUUCCUGAUGAAGGUUCUGGAUGGUAUGGCAUUCGCUGGGUUCAUAUCGGAGAGAGGGCCGCCUUACAGACCCACAGACCUGUUCGAUGAUCUGAUAGCCAAUCAGGUGGAGCGUAUUCGCCAGGAGGAGUGCAGCCCGCACAAAGUCAUGAACCAUAUCAAGGAGCUGGCUGAGCAGCUCUUCAAAAACGAGAACCCGUACCCUGCCGUGGCCAUGCAUAAGGUGCAGCGGCCAGCUGAGAGCCCUGGUCACAAUGACCCCAAGAACUUGGCUAUGUUCCCUCUGCUGGACGACGUUACGGUCCAGCUCUUCAUCGACCACGCCGCCGCCAAGCUCCAGACCGCCCCGCCCGUGGUCAAGGCCGAGCUCAAAGGCAUGGUGCCCUCCGGACCACCACUGGGAGACAUUGUGGACAGGCAUGGUCAUGUCCUGGCUAACAGCGCUCGCAGGCUGGAGGUGGUCAGGAACUGCAUUACCUAUAUAUUUGACAACAAGAUGCUGGAGGCCAAGAAGCUGAUGCCAGCGGUACUGCGGGCGCUGAAGGGCCGGGCGGCCAGGGUGUGUCUGACCCAGGAGCUCAACCAGCACGUCCUGCAGAACCGAGCUGUGCUGGACGACCAGCAGUUUGACUACAUCGUCCGCAUGAUGAACUGCACCUUACAGGACUGCUCCCACAUGGAUGAACACGGUAUUGCAGCCAUCCUCCUUCCCCUGGUCACGGCCUUCUGCAGGAAACUAGGCGCGGGCAUCACCCAGUUUGCCUACAGCUGUGUGCAGGAGCACAUGGUGUGGACUAACAUGCAGUUCUGGGAGGCCAUGUUCUACAGUGAUGUCCAGAACCACAUCAGAGCCCUCUAUCUGGAGGCAGACGGGGGGGAGCAGUCCAUCGCUUCUCGCGGUCAGCAGGAGUCUGGUCCAGCAGCGGGAGGUCAGGAGCUGCUGGGCGCUCUGGAGCUGGCGUCAGAGCAGAGCAGGCUGUGGCCCACGCUCAGCAAGGAGCAGCAGAGUGAGCGCGUGCAGAAAGAGGAGAGCACGGUGUUCAGCCAGGCCAUCCACUACGCCAACCGCAUGUCCUACCUGCUGCUGCCCCUGGACACCAGCAAGAACCGCCUGCUCAACAGGUCCGGGAUAGGGGAUGUGGAGAGUGUUAGCAACAGCUACGUCACCAACAGGUACACCAACAGCAUUGCUGGCAGCAUGGCGGAGAGCUACGACACAGAGAGCGGCUUUGAGGACGCUGAGAGCUCUGACGUGGCCAACUCUGUGGUGCGAUUUAUCAACCGCUUCGUAGACAAAGUGUGUAACGAGAGUGGGGUUACCAACGAGCACCUCAAGGCACUACACACCAUGAUACCAGACAUCGUUCAGAUGCACAUCGAGACGCUGGAUGCAGUCCACAGGGAGAGUAAGCGACUGCCACCGAUCCAAAAGCCCAAGCUUCUGAGGCCCAUUCUUCUGGCGGGGGAGGAGCUGGUGAUGGACGGCAUGCGGGUGCACCUGAUCUCAGACGGCCGGGAGGAGGCCACGGGGGCCUUGGGGGGUCCACCCCUCCUCCCUGCCGAGGGGGCCAUCUUCCUCACCACCUAUCGCCUCAUCUUCAAGGGCACGCCUAACGACCCGCUGGUGGGUGAGCAGGUGGUGACUCGGUCGUUCCCCAUCGCCUCCCUGACUAAGGAGAAGAGGAUCUCUGUCAGUCUGUCCAUGGACCAGUUCAUACAGGAGGGUCUGCAGCUACGCUCCUGCACUUUCCAGCUGCUGAAGAUAGCGUUUGAUGAGGAGGUGGCGUCGGACCUGGCCGAGGUGUUCCGGAAGCACAUGCACAAGCUCCGCUACCCACAGCACGUCCAGGGAACCUUCGCCUUCACCGUGGGCCAGAGUGGCAAGACGUUGGUCGAACACAAGACCAAGGACAAGAACCAGUCAAUAAAAACACUUUCCAAAAACUUGGUGAAGAGCGCCAAGAGGACGAUCGGUCGACAGUAUGUGACCCGGAAGAAGUACUCGCCUCCCACCUGGGAGAACAGGAGCAGCCUGCAGUCAGAGCUGGAUGAGGAUGAGCUCUCCGUCUCAGAGGAGUUGGACCAGGGCUCCCUCACCCUGUCUUCCACCAUCCGCUCCUCGGACAGACAGACCAUGAGCAACGUGGUGGAGCGCGCCUGUUGCCGUGACUACCAGCGGCUAGGACUUGGCACGCUCAGUAACAGCCUGACGCGCUCCAAGAACGAGCCCUUCCGCAUCUCCACCGUCAACCGCAUGUACACCGUCUGCAGGAGUUACCCCGGCCUGUUGAUCGUGCCACAGAGCAUCCCAGACUCCACCAUCCAGCGCAUCUCCCGCUGUUACAGACAGAACCGUUUCCCUGUGGUGUGCUGGAGGAACUCUCGUACCAAGGCUGUGCUGCUGCGCUCUGCAGGCCUCCAUGCUAAGGGUGUGGUGGGCUUCUUCAAGUCCCCCAAUGCCAACAGCGCCGGCCCCUCCCAGGCCGACUCAACCAGCCUGGAGCAGGAGAAGUACAUGCAGGCGAUCAUCAGCUCCAUGCCCUCCUACUGUGAGCCCAGUGGCAGGAACACGCUCGGCGGCUUCACCUCCACUCACAUGAGCACCUCAGACUCGUCAGAUAAGCUGAGGCAGCCUAAGAUCGGAGCUCUGAUGAAACAGGUGAUGGGAGGCAAGGAGGAUGUACCUGGAACCUUCAGCCGAGGAGCUCUGGGUCAAAGGGCGAGGGUCAUCUCCCUCUCUCAGCCCAGAGUUUCAGGCAAGGCCAGAAACCCCCCUGGAGGGAAGUGGGGCACUAUUCGGGGUAGUGGGCGUCUGAGUGCCUACAACCCGGAAGUUGGGAACAGGCUGUCCAGUAAGGAGUCUCCCCAGCCCAACGGGGGCCCCAGCGAGGCCCUGUUCCUCAGACAGCAGAGGGCCUACCUCUACAUCAUCGGAGACAAGACACAGCUCAAGGGUGGUAAGCAGGACUUGUUCCAGCAGUGGGAGGUGGUGCCCAUCGAGGUGUGUGAUGUGCGUCAGGUGAAGAACAGCUUUAAGAAGCUGAUUAAGGCCUGUGUUCCCAGCUCAGCCACCUCUGAACCCAGCAUGACCUUCCACCGCUGCCUGCAGGAGUCCGAAUGGAUGUGCCUGCUCCACAGAGUUCUGCAGGUGUCUGUCCUGGUGGUAGAGUUGUUAGACACGGGCUCGUCAGUCAUGGUCAGCCUGGAGGAUGGCUGGGACGUCACUACUCAGGUGGUGUCUCUGGUCCAGCUUCUGUCAGACCCAUACUACCGGACCUUCGAUGGCUUCCGCCUGCUGGUGGAGAAGGAGUGGCUGUCAUUUGGCCACAGGUUCAGUCAUCGCGGUGCCCAGACCCUGGCCAGCCAGAGCAGCGGCUUCACUCCUGUAUUCCUGCAGUUUCUCGACUGUGUGCACCAGAUCCACCUGCAGUUCCCCAUGGAGUUUGAGUUCAGUCAGUACUACCUGAAGUUCCUGGCCUACCACUACGUGUCCAACCGCUUCAGAACCUUCCUGCUCGACUCGGACUACGAACGCAUUGAGCUCGGGGUUCUGUACGAGGAGAAGGGGGAGAGGAAGAACCCGCAGGUGUGUAAGUCAGUGUGGGAUUACAUCGACCGGCUCAACAAGAAAACACCUAUCUUCUUCAACUACAUGUUCUCACCAGAGGAUGAGGAGGUGUUGCGGCCGUACAGCUUCAUCUCCAACCUGAAGGUGUGGGACUUCUACACAGAGGAGACGCUGUCUGAGGGCCCGUCUUACGACUGGGAGCUGGUGCAGAGGGGCCGGCAGGAGAGGCUGGCUGAGGAGGUACCUGACAAACCAGACACCACCACCCCCAAAUCCCAGCGACACAUUGUCUGGCCCUGCUACGACAGCCGCAGCAGAGUGGUACCCGACGCCAUCACCAAACUGCUGCAGGACCUGCAGAGUCUGGAGGCAGAGUUGGGGCUGCCACCAGAGAAAUGGAAGGACACCUGGGACAAGAUCAAGGCCAACCAACGGGCCGAGGCCAAGCUGGAGAACAGGCCGUCUUUCAACAGCUCCUUGCUGAUGUCGUCCAAUCUGAGUCACCAGCGGCGGUCUCAGGGGGUGUACCUUCCGGAGAGUGGAGUGGGCUCCUCCAUUAACCUGGCCAUGGACCGUGAGACCAGCACCACCUCCACCCCUGUGGCUGGGCGCCCUAGCACCAGCACCCUAUACAGCCAGUUCCAGAGCACGGAGAGUGAGAACAGGAGUUUUGAGGGCAUCCUGUUUAAGAAAGGUGCGUUGCUGAAGCCAUGGAAACCCCGCUGGUUUGUGCUGGACAAGACCAAACAUCAGCUGAGAUACUAUGAGACCAGGCAGGACAAGGAGUGUAAGGGGGUGAUUGAGCUGGCGGAGGUGGAGUCCGUCAUUCCAGGCACGCCCACCAUGGGAGCGCCCAAAAACAUAGAGGAGAAAGCCUUCUUCGAUCUCAAGACGACCAAACGAGUGUAUAACUUCUGUGCGCAGGACAGCCCCAACGCACAGCUGUGGAUGGACAGUAUUCAGAGCUGCCUCUCUGAUGCCUAGGCUCCACCAUAACAGGAACUAUCCAACCAGGAACCAAUGAGCAAUGCUGAGGCAACAGAUGGACAUCUCUGCUGGCCAAUCACAGGAGUUCCUCUCCAGAAGGAGGCGGGAUUGAGUUGAGCGCCAUUGAACUGAUGUCACGUUUCAGUGUUUUUGUUCUAAAAAAUUUAAGAAAACCGAAAUGAAAGUAAGAAGUCCCUGAAAGACCACUCGCUUUUGUCUCACCGUGUUGCUGGCUGCAGCCUGUCACCUUGGUAGUACAACCACUCUUUGCGCUGGAUGUCUAUGCAAAAUGAAACAAGCAUGAUGUAGUUUGUUGUGUGAGCUUGAAGAUGGACAGUUUCUCAGUAAUCUGAGGCCUCCAGCAUGUUCCAGCAUGCAGAUGUAGCCAGAAUCUCCCAUCGCCUAGAGACUACAACUCCCAUUCCUCCACACACCAGGGAGGAAGUAAUGAUGAACUACAUUAUCCAGCCCAGCCAUGUCCUGUUGACCAUGAAAACAGGAAGUGAAUUAUUUAACAGAACACAGAAUUGGCCCCAACUGAUGCGGGACAGUUGUCAUGGUCACCUGCUAGCUGACGUUGAAGCCUCCCAUUUCCCCGUCACUGUCUGAUGUAGCAGAGUCUUACCCGUGAGGAGUUGGACACUCACAGAUCCCCUCUAAGAUGUCUCUUAUUCCCCAGACACACCACCAAGGGAGCCCUCUCAACGGUUUAUGAAGAAUUUAUAUUUUUUACAGCUGAUCUGUUACAUUUUUGGGUCAGUGAGAGAUCAGUCCUCCUAGUUAUCACACCCAGAGCAGUUGAUAUGCUGUUAUUAGCCCUCGUGAUCAAACCAGGAGAAUGGCAGUCGGAGAUUUGAAAUCCACCGGACAGGGAGUCUGUCUGCAGAACAAUAUUAGUGUUUACACAACAAGCUAUGGGCUGUACUUCUCCCUCUAUAUUUCUUAUCAAAAACAAAUAAAAACCACUAUUACAGUUGAAUGUUAAGGGAGCUGAAGGAACAGGAGGGAUAUAUUUUUGUGAAGAUUAAUUUAUGCACAAAAUGAUAAAACAAAAGGUGGAUGGGGCCUGUGGGCAGAGCAGAGGGGAUUAUGGGAUGGAUGACUAGUCUGUUUACUACAUGGCACAGUGCUGAGACUGGAUCUGACUAACAUGACAGACUUCCUGGAUACGACCCCCCCCUCUGUUUCUAUGGUCAGGUUUAAUGUUUGACAAAUGGUAUUUCAGUUAUACAAGUGCCAGUGGAUUUUAACAUGUGACAAGUAUUAGACAGUUGGAUUGGAAUGUGCUCAAAACAACCUAAUUUUGUUUUCCGGUAAUAUAGUUCUUAACCAGAGAGGAGCGUUAGGUGUUCAAGGCACUUAGAAUAAUUCAAAUCCCCAACUAUAAUUACGCAGCCAAUUAAUAGCAUUGAAAGUCUCAAAAAGCAUGUGUCCGAGGAUAAGAUAUCACUCUCUGCACCUACUCAGCCUUUGUUUGGUGAUCAGUGAGUCACAGCUUAGCUUCUGAACAACUGCAUCUACGUGAACAGUAAUACUUCAGCGAGUUCCAACUUUCUCGCCGCUGCUCUUCUGUCUAAACCAGUGUUUUUAGCUAGAGGCUGUUACAUUCUAUUCUUAAGCCUGUACAUAGGAGUCAAUGUCUGUUAGAGCCUUGUAGAGAAAAUAUGUUUAGCUGGAAUUUGUGAGAUUGCAAUUAAGUCAAUUGUUAGGUUUUUUUUAUGCUACAGAGCAGUAUCGGUUAGCCCUCAUUUUGAGCCCCCAAGUUAUGAAAACAGACGCACACACAUUGCCGUGUAAAAUAUGGUUAUACUGCUGUCAUGUUGAACAUAAAAUUUGAAUUGUAGAUUUGUGUCUAACUCCUUUUGUAUAUACUACUCAGAUUUGUAUGUAACGUUUAUGGUAGUAAUUUAUUUAACUUUGUCUCCUCUGUAAGAAAAGCACCACUUAUUUUUAAAAUUAGGAAUCCAAUGUGCCAUUUGUUUAUUUCUGUGUUUACGUGACUAAUGCUACUACUUUUUGGAAAAUGUUGUAUAAGUAAACCCUCAAUGUCUUUUUAUUUUUUAAUAUAUAUUUUUUAAACAUUGUCCUUCCCUAAGCAGAGUGGAAAUGGUGUGUUUGUAUGAGCAAGAACUAGCCUCCCUAGUUAAUAAGGUGGGUUUUCUGGAAUGGAGUUAUGGAAUCUCAUUAAGUUGCUUACCUGCACAGGUGGGGUGUUUAACAUGUCACCCACCCACCUCAACACACACUUAAAGGCCAGCUCAUCCCAUUUUCUGCAGUCUACUAAUCUCUCCUGAUUUGGUUAGAUUAUAUCCACAACAUUAAUCAGAUCAGUACAAUAUAACCUUUUUAUUUAUUUGUUUUAUUUUUUUUUCUCUAAUUUGAAGUUUCCUUCUGAGCUUGGUCUGUCAAUCAUGUAAUAUAUUUUUUAGAAAUAAAACAAAAACAAUGUGGGUUUAGAA